AUGAUUCCACUGGGCUCUCUCGGCAUGCUCCCACUGCUGUCCCUGUGUGUGGGGGCCAUGUUGUCCCCCCCGGACGCACCCCCCGCCUGUCCCCACUGCAAGGACAGUCUGGUGGCCGCUCCGCCUGCGAGGACAGGGUCAGGGGGGUGUGAGGGACGCCCCGGGACGGCAGGCUGCAGGGUGGCGGUCGCCCCCCUGGCUGCCUCCGACCCCCCUCUGCGGGUGGAACACAGACAUGAAGUCGGACAGGUUCAGCCAGAGGUGAGUGACAUCACGCACCAGGUCAAUCUGAAGUCAUUUCCUGUGCUUUUCCCAGUAGAAUGAGUGAGGUGUUGAUAUAACUGACUCAGGUAUUGUACACGCCAAACAAUGAUUAUUCUGAGCUGGGUGGCACAGAGGAAGGCCUGGACAAUGUUUGUUCUGUAGGGGUGAUUAGAUACUGCUGGGGUAGAGUCUCUGAGUCUGACACGCCAUGUGCCUCUGGUUUGUGUGGCGUUGGGUAAAGUUUAAGCUGCUGAAAAAGUUAACUAUGGACAUAACAUCACUCAGCCAGUUGAAAUGGAAUCAAGCCCAACUCUGUAGCAUAGUGGUAUAGAUAGUGUCUGGUGCCUUUAGCAAUAGUGUUAUGGUAUGUGGAGAGGGGGCAACAGGUCCCUACUCUGUGGUAUAGUAUGUGGAGAGGGGGCAACAGGUCCCUACUCUCGGGAUUAGGGGUACCACAUGACAGACGCUUUCCAGGGAUAACAAUCAAAGAGGGAGUCAAAUUAGGCCCAGGUUUAUAAAUGUCCUCAUCAUGUGGCUCUGCUGAGCUCAUGCAAUGACAGGUGUUCCACUAACAUGGCUAGGAGGGAAGUAAAUGUGACUGAGUGAUUGAGUCUGUGUCAGUGAUCUACUUUGCAUGCCUUAGUGUCGGUUUGUGUGUGUGUGAUGUGACUGUAAAUGCUGGUGCGUGCUUGUGUGUGUGUGUGUGUGUGUGUGUGUGUGUGUGUGUGUGUGUGUGUGAGAGAGAGAGAGAGAGAGAGAGAGAGAAGAGAGAGGAGAUGAGGAGAGAGAGAGAGGAGAGAGAGAGAGAGAGAGAGAGAGAGAGAGAGAGAGAGCGGUGUGACUAUUGUGUAUGUGACUGUCAAUCCUGAUGUGUAUAACAUGCAUAUGUCAUGACUGUAAUGCUAAAGUGUUGUUUCUGCAGGCCGGGGAUGUGUCAGAGCGUCUGGUCCAGUUGCAGCGCUGUAUGCGUUCCCUCCAGGAGCCAGGGGUCCCCAGGGGCCAAGGAGGCCAGGGAGGGGACACGCUGGGGGCCAUUCUGGCUCUGAUGGCUGCAGUGCUGACAGAGUGUGACCUACACUGUCACAGCCAGGCCCUCAGGGCUAUGGCCAGGCGACUGGGUGAGGAGCAUGGAAAACACACACAUGAACGAUUCACUCUUUUUGAACAACUCUUUUUACUGACUCGAGAGUCAUGAUUUGUUUUUCUGAGAGACUCAUUCAUUUUAGUCGUUCAUUUGACCUGCUGGCCGCAAUGAGUCCUACUACAGCAGGAUUAAUACACGCUCCUCCGGCUCAGCGGCUCCCAUUGAGAUAGAUAGAGGACUCAUCUUUAUAUCUGAGCCAUUAUAGCGUCUGUAACAACAUGGGCAGUGCCAUUGAGGCCACAACCCAUAGGAAUCCCCACCCAGUUGACUACUUUGACUACUUUAAAAUGGUGGAAGCCUGGCGGAAGCCCUCAAUGGCGCUGAACAUGCUAAAACAGCCUUUUGGCCACUAGAGGCCUCUAUCAUUCUCUAUGGUGGCUCCAGCCACAUGGUCCGACCUACAACUAGAUCCUGAGCAUAGAGAAAAAAAAUACAUGUUUGGGGUGUUGCAGUUCUAACGACAUUGUGUUUAUCACCCUCUCGGCAGUCAUUUACAAACUGUAAUUGUCAUCGUUUACAAUCUAGUCCGGUUGCGGACACUACUAGAAACUAGUUUCAAAUGUGUCAACAAAUAAUCUUAUUUGUAUGCCUAGCAAUCAACAAAUGUACAUUGUUUAAAGCACAUGUUUAAAAGUCUCAGUCACAAACGGCGGCUCCAAUAGCCCCCUAUGGUGAACGACAUUUGAACGAGAGGCUUGCAGACUCAUGACUUUUGAAUUCUCAGUUCAUCGUUCGCCGGUGGGGGGUCCUGCGUGCUCUGAGCAUUACUGACUCAAAUGAAUGAAAUGAGUCGAAAAGAUCAGUCAGUAAAAAGAGCCAAACUUCACAUUACUAACACACACACACACACAUACACACACACACACACACACACACACACACACACACACACACACAAACACACAUUGAUCUUCUCGCUUUCUGUGUGUCCUCCUGUUCAUUCUCUUGAUCUCUCUCCACACAAACACUCACACCCGCACACAAUGAUGGUGUCUCUCCUAUCUCUUAAGAGGGCCACACAAACACUACACACACACACACACACACACACACACACACACUAAACAGAGCCUUAGUGAGGCCUGCUCUGUGUCGGUCAGAGGUGAGUGCACAGGAAUGCAAGGCUCUGUGUGGUAUGAGUAGGGCAGAUAGAUAGCUCACCGGUAUCUCACAACCACCAUAUAACUUCUACAGCAGAUCAGAAGGAUGGGUCCUCAAUCUCACACACAACUUCUUCUUUGUCAAUGUGUUUAGAGGGGGCAGCGGUUGGGAGAGAGGGAGAGAAAGACUUGAUACUACUGUUGAGGAGCAUCACACAACACCCUCCAACAGGUGAGAGCGGUGUAUGUACUCUGUGUGUGUACUCUGUAUGUGCUCUGUGUGUGUACUCUGUGUGUACUCUGUGUGUACUAUGUGUGUGUACUCUGUGUGUGUACUCUUUGUGUGUACUCUGUGUGUACUCUGUGUGUGUACUCUGUGUGUGUGAGUGUACUCUGUGUGUACUCUGUGUGUGUACUCUGUGUGUGUACUCUGUGUGUGUACUCUGUGUGUGUGUGUGUACAUGUGCGUACAGAAUAUACAGAUGUAAGAGUGCGAGUGUGUGUUGCAGUGGCCCCCUCAGCGAGGCUGCAUCCUCAGGACUGUGCAGAGAUCUAUCGUUUGGGGAUCAAAGAGAACGGAAUCUACAGCAUCCAGCCUGACCCACGCAGACCUGCAGUGGAGGUACCUCCUAAUACUUACACACACUAAAUGCAAACAACCUGUAUACUGUAUGUGUGUUAUGCACCAUCUGUAGAGCUUGGAGGGGAACAUACAGAGAGAUAAAGAGAGUAAAAUAUAGUAUGGAGCUGAUGUUAUAGAUUACAGUAAAAACUCUCAAUGUGUUACAUCUCUCAGUCCUCACCCCCUUUAUCCUCUAUACUAUUGGCAAUGGUUAGGCAAACUUCAUCAUUAUUCUCUGAUGUAAAUGUGACCGAUAUCUGAUGUCCAAGAGUUGUGACCUUUGCACCCUCCCGCCCCAGGCAGAGUGUGACAUGGAGACAGCAGGCGGGGGGUGGACGGUGUUCCAGCAUCGGCGAGAUGGCUCGGUGGACUUCAACCGGACGUGGCAGGAGUACCGCGAGGGUUUUGGUUCCCCACAGGGAGAAUACUGGCUGGGGAACGCAGCGCUGCAUGCUCUAACCAACACUGGUCAACACCUGCUGCGUAUACAACUGGAGGACUGGCACCAGCAGAAACGCCAAGCCACCUACAACACCUUCAGAGUGGCAGCAGAGGCACAGAGGUAAUGGAAACACACAAACACACACAUACACCGAUGAGCAAACAAGGAUAUACACAAAUUAAAGAGAUAAUUUGCCUCAAAAUCAAAGUUUGAAAAUAUUUGACAAACAACAACGAAAGUGAUAUAAUGUCGAGAUCAGUUCAGGUCCCACGGCAUCUGAAUGGGAAGAUAGGCUCAGCCUGAAAUCAGACGGUGCCUAUCGUUCCCAUUCAUUUGGGAUUAAGGCUUGUAGCUGGAUCUACACAACAGGUGGAGUAGGACGUGGACUCAUCUUAACAUUAGACCUCUUUUGAGGUCUGAAAACAUCUGAACAUAUCUCUUUAACAUAGUAGUACAUGGUGUUAAUGCUGUCUCUCCUUCUCCCAGGUACCGCUUGACAGCACGGGAGUACUCUGGUGACGCGGGCAAUGCCCUAAGCUACAGCAAACGCUACAACCAUGACGGCCGAGCGUUCAGCACCAAUGACCGUGACCACGAUCGCUACACGUCGGGGAACUGUGCGGAGUACUAUGGUGCGGGCUGGUGGUUCGACGCCUGCCUGGCGGCUAACCUGAAUGGACGCUACUACCGCGGGCGCUACAGCGGGCUGACCAAUGGCAUUUACUGGGGCACCUGGUACAUCCUGACAGACAGUCACAGCGGAGAGCGCUACUCCUUUAAGAGUGUGGAGAUGAAGACCCGCCCACGCAACUUCUAAUAAAGACUGACCUGGGAGCUAGGGCAACAUUUUUAUUUCCGCCUAAAUAGACAUACCCAAACAUAAUGACUGGUAAUGUUGCAUAGUUAUAGAAAGUUAUGGAACUCACCUUUCUGGUAAAAAAUAGUUAUAAAUUGUUGAGAUAUACUCACUUAUGAGGACACAUGCUCAAGUACAUAGUACAAAUAUUAUGAAAAUAUAAAAUAUCAUAUAUGUUUUUUUUCCUAUUCAACAAAAGUGGGGCAAUAGGGCUUGAAAUGACUGAACAGCUUUCUUAAUAUAGUAACAAUCAAAUUAUAAACGACUUAGUAUAAGAUUUCAUCUUUCUUAUAACUGUAAAAUAAAUAUGAUCAUACUUAGUGACAGUACAAUAAUGGCACAAUUUCAUAUAACUGAGUCCACUGAGCAGAGCAGAGACACCAUUCAAAUGUGUGCUGACUCGUUACAACUUCAGCUUUAAACACAAAGGGAUUUUGUCCGUCUGUGAUCAAGAGAAAGUGGUCUUGUUUCAAUUCUAUGAAAUUAUUUAGUAUUUUUUCAUAUUGAGAGCUCUAAAUCCGGUUGAGAAUAUCACAGCGACAUGAAACCACAAUUGUUGGGUCCGCUAGACUGUCAGGCUGGGCUCCGUCACUCCUAAGCAGAGCAAAACGAUUCUUUGUCUGGAUAGGCCAGAAAAUGUGACACGUCACUGCCUAUGCAAAUGUGGGGUCUGAUACCUGACACUUCAAGUCAGCUCCACUGAGAGAGUGGUAGCGCAGAGCAGACAGAUGGAGCUUUCUGGCAAUAUAAGGCACAGGACCCUACGACAUUCAAAGAGCGCUUUGUACACCAAAAUGUCAGUCGGAACUGGUCCCAGACCGUCCAAAGUCCCCUAUAUAGGGGACUUAACAUCUUCAAUUUAAAACAGGCCUACUACUCAAUACUCUGAGCCACGGUACUGUAUAUGCAAAUCUAGGGUGGAGAACCCUAGCUUGGUCCCAGAUCUGUUUGGCAAAACAGCACAAACAGAUCUGGGACCAGGCUAGGGAAACCCUAAUCUGGCUGCAGAGUGUGUGAAGGUUAUUGUUACUCAGCUGAUGACUGGAUGUUUGAUUCACUGGAUAAUGUUGGGAUAGUGAGCCAUUAAAUCCGUUUUUCCAGGUGUAAAUAUGGUGCUAAAUGGAAAACUGGUCAGAUGACUCUAUCCUUAUCAAAUCAAAUCCAAAUCAAAUGGAUUUAUAAAGCCCUUUUUACAUCAGCAGAUGUCACAAAGUGCUUAUACAGAAACCCAGCCUAAAACCCCAAACAGCAAGCAAUGCAGAUGUAGAAGCACGAUGGCUAGCAAAAACUCCCUAGAAAGGCAGGAACCUAGGAAGAAACCUAGAGAGGAACCAGGCUCUGAGGGGUGGAGAUUAUAAGAGUACAUGGCCAUUAAGGCCAGAUCGUUUUUCAAGAUGUUUAAACGUUCAUAGAUGACCUGAAGGGUCAUAUAAUAAUCACAGUGGUUGUAGAGGGUGCAACAGGUCAGCACCUCAGGAGUAAAUGUCAGUUUGCUUUUCAUAGCCGAGCAUCCAGAGGUCAGUAGUGAGAGAGAGAGAGAGAGGGAGAGAGAGGGAGAGGGAGAGAGAGGGAGAGAGAGAGAGGGAGAGAGAGAGAGAGAGAGAGAGAGAGAGAGAGAGAGAGAGAGGGAGAGGGAGAGGGAGAGGGAGAGGGAUAGAGAGGGUCGAAAACCGCAGGUCCAGGACAAGGUUGCAUUUAUGAUUCAAGUAUGUGUUGAAAUUGAAUUACACCAUUAACCAGCACAAUCUGUGACCCUAAAGGCUCAUGGGCUCCUCACCCCUGCUUAAUUUUGUAUUAUCCAGCAUUCAAGUCAUAUACCAUGCAGCAUCUUUUUGUUUAGUGAGAUUAAAACAACUUUUCAUAUAUAUGUUAUGCAAAUCUUUCCACAAAAAUGUAAUGUAGAAAUGUACAUUAAUAAUUAUGCCUGUAGAGAACUUAUUCUUCAAAUAAAUUGCUAUGACACGUAUAACCAAUGACUUCAUUAUUGUGUGUCUGAAAACAGUUUAUAGGUGUUAUUUUGGUGUUAUUGACGGUAAAUGCCAGUGGAGUACAGAACUUGACCAAAGAGGACAAGCACCUUUUUUAAUUUUUCACUUGUAUUUCUAGGUGAACAAGGUGUAUAGCUUCAAUAAAAAGUUACACUGUAAAACUUCAACAUUCAGGGUUACAUGUUGGCUGCUUCUGCCAGUUAUCAGUUGGGUGAUACUCAGACCCUUCCAAGCCAUGGCCCGAUAACAUGCUAACGUACUAAUGUACAACAGAGGGGCAGCCGAUAGCCAACGCAGCACUCUCUACACAUAGGCCUGCAGGCCCCUGUGUUCUGACUCCAGCUGUGGGAUUGCUCAGCCAAACUCUAACUGCUUCUUUUGAAAUGAUGCUAUGACACUCAACAGAGAACAGCUCAGUUUUGCCUCCCCUUCUCCUACCACCCAUACAUAACCUGUAACAGCUUUCACACUGUCCCAAACCAAAGUCCCACACAUGAUGAUGGGCAUUAUGGGCACGAUGAAGCCUACCUUGGUAGCUCGCUCACUCUCUGGCACACAGAGAGAGAAAGAGUCACACACACGCAAAUGUACACACACACACACACACACACACACACACAUGCUGACCUCUGGCUGUCCUCUGGAGUUGGCGUCAGACGGGCGGCUCCCUCGCUGGCUGUGGUUCACAGAGCUUUUCUGGGAGUUUAGAGUGCGUGUGUGAGUGGUGUGUGUGUGCAGGUGUGUGCAGGGUGUGUGCGGGGUGUGAGUGUGUGCGUUGGGGAUGGGGAGGCUAUGUGGUGGUGGUGGGUGAGAGGGUGUGUAAACUACUGUUCCCAUUUUAGCAGCGUUCGCAACGAGCUGCCAGUCUGUCCAACAAGCUCUGAGUGGCUAAUAAUAACAAGGGUCAAGGCGGAACUCUAAUGUAGACAGAUGGACAGAGAGCAGGCAGACUCCCAACCAGUCACGGUAUUUCACACACACUACCUAUACACAAACACCGACAAGCACACACACAUACUGCCUGCAGCAAAGCAAGCACACACGCUGUCCUCAGCAUAGCAGACACUGUAUGCAGUAAAGUUCAAUAACUUGUACAAAUGACCACACUGUACUUAUGACUAAACACUACUUCCAGAAAAGCGCACACUCAUUCAUGCUCAUGCACACAUGCACGUGCACACACACGAAUGCACACACACACGCGCACACACUCACGCACACACACACUCUCUUGAAUGGGAGGUGCAUGAUGCGCUUGGCUUAAUAAAAACAAGCCUCUAUUAGAGAUGAAAAGGCUUCAAACUGGCUUCUCCCCUCACAGAUGUAGUUUGAUCAUACCGCUUCAGUUAUCAUUAUCUCUCUCUUACACACACACACACACACACACACACACACACAGAAAUUGUCCCGGGCAUUUCUAACACACUGGCCCAUUUUUUCCCUUGAGGCCCCCAUUACCACGCUGAAAAACCAGAAUAGAGCAGUAUGCUGGUUAUGCUGGUCACCAAAGGUCUGUGCAUGGCCCUGCAGCUAGACCAUGCUGGUCAGACCAGCUUGACCAGCAUCAGACCAGCAUAGACCAGUUUGAAAUUUCUGUUGGUCUAUGCAUUUUCUUUCAGCAGGGUAUUAGCCAAAUAAUGACAAUUUUGCGCAAAACCCUCAAGUUAGACAGGCCGACUGGGCUAAAAAUGGACCAGGCUAUCUGCCAUUUGCCCGAACUGCCCUAUGACCAGUCCGCCCCUUCACACACACUUUCCUGUAAUGUCUCUUUUGCCAUAUCAUUGACCGACAUUUUUGGCUUUAUUGUAACUUGAUGUGGGAUAAGAGACAAUCUACCCCUUUGUGGUUGGAGAUAUAAAGAGAGAACUGUUGAUCACUGCAACCUGGGUUGAGUUAGAAGGAGUAAAACCAAACCAGGCAUAUUGUCCUUUAUGUUUGUGGUCCCAAGUUGUGGGUCGUAGCAGCGGUCUAGGUGGGUUGCAGGAUGACAUUUUUUGUGCACUGCAUUUAUUUGUAUUUAUUUUUUAUACAUUUUCAGGAUGGAAAAAUGCUUUUAGUGUAAACUUAAAUCACUAAACCAAAUACAAAUUAUGUAGAAAAGAUAAAGGACCUACACUACCAGUCAAAAGUCUGGACACACCUACUCAUUCCAGGGUUUUUCUUUAUUUUGACUAUUUUCUACAUUGUAGAAUAAUGGUGAAGACAUCAAAGCUAUGAAAUAACACACCUGGAAUCAUGUAGUAACCAAAAACGUGUUAAACAAAUCAAAAUAGAUUUUAUAUUUUAUAUUCUUCAAAUAGCCACCCUUUGCCUUGAUGACAGCUUUGCACACUCUUGGCAUUCUCUCAACCAGCUUCACCUGGAAUGCUUUUCCAACAGUAUUGAAGGAGUUCCCACAUAUGCUGAGCACUUGUUGGCUGCUUUUCCUUCACUCUGUGGUCCAUCUCAAUUGGGUUGAGGUCAGGGGAUUGUGGAGGCCAGGUCAUCUGAUGCAGCACUCCAUCACUCUCCUUCUUGGUCAAAUAGCCCUUACACAGCCUGGAGGUGUGUUGGGUCAUUGUCCUGUUGAAAAACAAAUGAUAGUCCCACUAAGCCCAAACCAGAUGGGAUGGCGUAUCGCUGCAGAAUGCUGUGGUAGCCAUGCUGGUUAAGUGUGCCUUGAAUUCUAAAUAAAUCACAGACAGUGUCAACAGCAAAGCAUCCCCACACCAUAACACCUCCUCCUCCAUGCUUUACAGUGGGAAAUACACAUGCAGAGAUCAUCAGUUCACCCACACCGCGUCUUACAAAGACACAGCGGUUGGAACCAAAAAUCUCCAAUUUGGACCAGUCUAAUGUCCAUUGCUCGUGUUUCUCGGCCCAAGCAAGUCUCUUCUUCUUAUUGGUGUCCUUUAGUAGUGGUUUCUUUGCAGCAAUUCGACCAUGAAGGCCUGAUUCACACAGUCUCCUCUGAACAGUUGAUGUUGAGAUGUGCCUGUUACUUGAACUCUGUGAAGCAUUUACUUGGGCUGCAAUUUCUGAGGCUGGUAACUCUAAUGAACUUAUCCUCUGCAUCAGAGGUAGCUCUGGGUCUUCCAUUCCUGUGGUGGUCCUCAUGAGAGACAGUUUCAUCAUAGCACUUGAUGGUUUUUGCGACUGCACUUGAAGAAACUUUAAAAGUUAUUGAAAUGUUCCGUAAUGACUGACCUUCAUGUCUUAAAGUAAUGAUGGACUGUCGUUUCUCUUUGCUUAUUUGAGCUGUUCUUGCCAUAAUAUGGACUUGGUCUUUUACCAAAUAGGGCUAUCUUCUGUAUAGCCCCCUACCUUGUCACAACACAACGGAUUGGCUCAAACGCAUUAAGAAGGAAAGAAAUUCCACAAAUUAACUUUUAGGAAGGCACACCUGUUAAUUGAAAUGCAUUCCAGGUGACUACCUCAUGAAGCUGGUUGAGAGAAUGCCAAGAGUGUGCAAAGCUGUCAUCAAAGCAAAGGGUGGCUAUUUGAAGAAUCUCAAAUAUAAAUUUUUUGAUUUGUUUAACACUUCUUUGGUUACUACAUGAUUCCAUAUGUGUUAUUUCAUAGUUUUGAUGUCUUCACUAUUAUUCUACAAUGUAAAAAAUAGUAAAAAUAAAGAAAAACCCUGGAAUGAGUAGGUGUGUCCAAACUUUUGACUGGUAGUGUAUAUCUUUUUCAAUAAUAGUGUCACGAUCGUCAAAAGGAGUGGACCAAGGCGCAGCGUGAUAUGCGUACAUCUCUUUUUAUUAAGUACACUAUGAACAAAAACAAUAAACGAUACGUGAAGUCCUCGGUCAAUAACACAAACCAACACGGAACAAGAUCCCACAAAAGACAAGUGCACAAAGGCAGCCUAAGUAUGGUUCCCAAUCAGAGACAACAAGCAACAGCUGAUUCACGUUGCCUCUGAUUGAGAACCACCCCGGCCAACAUAGAAACACAUAAACUAGAAUCGUGAACAUAGAACACAACACAUAGACACUACACACCCUGGCUCAACAUAAAAGAGUCCCUAGAGCCAGGGCGUGACAGUACCCUACCCCCAAAGGCGCGGACUGCGACCGCGCCAACAUAAACCCAACAGGGGAGCGGCCGGGUGGACAUUCCUCCUCGGAGGCGGAUCCGGCUCCGGGCGUGACCACCACCCUCUAACAACCCCCCAAGUCUGGUCUGGCCCCGCUGGCUGGAGCUGGACUGGACAUCGGUGGAGCGGAUUGCUUAGGCUCCGGUGUGGAGCAGCUGACCGGUACCUGACCAGGCACCGGUGAAACGGGCACGGGCUGUGCCGGACUGACGACGCGCACCACAGGCUUGGUGCGGGGAGCAGGAACGGGCCGGACCGGGCUGACGACGCGCACCACAGGCUUGGUGCGGGGAGCAGGAAUGGGCCGGACCGGGCUGACGAAGCGCACCACUGGCUUGGUGCGGGGAGCAGGAACAGGCCGGGCCGGGCUGGCGACGCGCACCAUUGGCUUGGUGCGGGGAGCAGGGACGGGCUGGACCGGGCUGACGAAGCGCACCAUUGGCUUGGUGCGGGGAGCAGGAACAGGCCGGGCCGGGCUGGUGACGCGCACCAUAGGCUUGGUGCGGGGAGCAGGAACAGGCCGGGCCGGGCUGGCGACGCGCACCAUUUGCUUGGUGCGAGGGGCAGGAACAGGCCGGGCCGGGUUGGCGACGCGCACCAUUGGCUUGGUGCGAGGGGCAGGAACAGGCCGGGCCGGGCUGGCGACGCGCACCAUUGGCUUGGUGCGGGGGGCAGGAACAGGCCGGGCCGGGCUGGCGACGCACACCAUUGGCUUGGUGCGAGGGGCAGGAACAGGCCGGGCCGGGCUGGCGACGCGCACCAUUGGCUUGGUGCGAGGGGCAGGAACAGGCCGGGCCGGGCUGGCGACGCGCAUCGCACCAAGCCUGUGAUGCGCGUCGCCAGCCCGGCCCGGCCUGUUCCUGCCCCUCGCACCAAGCCAAUGGUGCGCGUCGCCAGCCCGGCCCGGCCUGUUCCUGCCCCUCGCACCAAGCCAAGCUGUUUCACCGGUGCCUGGUCAGGUACCGGUCAGCUGCUCCACACCGGAGCCUAAGCAAUCCGCUCCACCGAUGUCCAGUCCAGCUCCAGCCAGCGGGACCAGACCAGGGGCGCUACGGGGGGGUUGUUAGAGGGUGGUGGUCACGCCCGGAGCCGGAUCCGCCUCCGAGGAGGAAUGCCCACCCGGCCCCUCCCCUGUUGGGUUUAUGUUGGCGCGGUCGCAGUCCGCGCCUUUGGGGGUGGGAUCUUCUGUCACGAUCGUCAAAAGGAGUGGACGAAGGCGCAGCGUGAUAUGCGUACAUCUCUUUUUAUUAAGUACACCACGAACAAAAACAAUAAAUGAUACGUGAAGUCCUCGGUCAAUAACACAAACCAACACGGAACAAGAUCCCACAAAAGACAAGUGCACAAAGGCUGCCUAAGUAUGGUUCCCAAUCAGAGACAACAAGCAACAGCUGAUUCACGUUGCCUCUGAUUGAGAACCACCCCGGCCAACAUAGAAACACAUAAACUAGAAUCGUGAACAUAGAACACAACACAUAGACACUACACACCCUGGCUCAACAUAAAAGAGUCCCUAGAGCCAGGGCGUGACAAAUAGCCUAUAAUCUUUGAGAACUUACAAUCAACAAAAUAAAAGCUAGACAAUCAGACCCCCAUUGAUUUUGUUAUAAUGUUUGAGAAUAAGAAUACAGCAUUUACCAUGUCAAAAUACUUAGAAUUGUAGGAAAUUAGCUUAAAAACCUCAUUAUUGAGGUACAGUAUUAGUGCUGACAAACUCAGAUCUGAACAUCUUCAGUUAGGAUCAAAGCCUAAGGCAAGUUCACUGUCACUGAUACAAUCAACAGUAUAUGAUGUCAAGGUAGAUGUAGUAUGAUGGAGUUACAGUAUUUUUCAAGGGCUAUGUUUUGUGGGCCUGCAAUAAUUUUUUAGGCUCACAGAGCUGAACUGAGCUACGGGCGUCAAGUUGAACAUGGUGAAACUAUGCCAGAACACAUGGCUAUGGAAUACUGUAUCACUACAUAAGAAUUUAAGAUCAUUACAUUGAUGAUUAAAAACACUGUCACUCAGUAACUACUCAUACCUGUAAGCAUCUCUCUGCCCCUAUCCUCCCAUCAGUCUUUUUGACAUUGGAGGAACCGAGGGCCCAGGGCUGUGUCACCACAGUAUCCUGGCACGGUGUCUGGAGUGGGGUGAUAGUGGGAUUGCUGGAGGGCGAGAGGGGCCCCAGCAGGCUGAGCUGCCCAAGGGCCGGAAGCCCAGCCUGGGCAGCGGUUAG